AUGACAAUAAAGUUGAAUCUGAAUCUGAAUCUGAAUUUGCAGUUUCUGCAAGGAUGCCCACCCAAAGUCCGUCUGCCCCAGGCGCAGCCGCGGAUUUACAACUGCCUCAUACCAGAAACCACGUGGUGGCAAAAUAUUCUGAAACAUCACCCCUCUACUCCCAUUAACAUCCCUCAUUUAGCAGCUGCCUUAUCAACUCACCCAGAUCCUGUGUUCGUAGAUUAUCUUCUGUCAGGGCUCUCCCAAGGCUUCAGGCCACACGCAAAUACUCCGAAAAAAAAAAGGCUGAUUUUCGAUCUGUCCGCACCCCGCUCCGGACCGUUCUGCAGCAUCAAUAGUCUCAUUCCUCCAGAUCAGUUUUCUCUUUACUAUGCCUCGGUUGAUAAUGCUAUUAAGUUAAUCAAGUUCGCAGGGCAAGGAGCCUGGCUCUCCAAAGCAGACAUCACCGAUGCUUUUAAAAUCAUCCCCAUCCAUCCGUCUCAGUGGAACAUGUUCGGCAUCAGGUGGGAGUCAAAACUCUAUUUCGCUGUUCGCCUGACCUUCGGGUGCAGAAGUUGCCCCUGCAUUUUUAAUUCCUUUUCCGAAGCGCUUUGCUGGAUCCUGCUGAAUAUUGUCAGGAUUCCCUCCGUCCUUCAUCUCCUGGACGAUUUCCUCCUCAUAGAUCCCCCACGGGACAACUCAGGGGCCUCACUGGCUAAGCUUAAACAUUGCUUUGAGGAGUUAGGCGUCCCUCUCUCCAAAGAGAAAACUCUAGGUCCCGACACACGCUUGGAGUUUUUAGGCGUCAUCCUCGACUCCAUAGACAUGAAAGCGUCUCUCCCCGCCGACAAACUGCAGCGCAUACGUGACAUUACCAAGUCAUAUUGCGAUCAACAAAUCAUCACAAAACAACAGUUGCUCUCCCUCCUCGGACACCUUAACUUCGCAAUGCACGUCAUCCCUCAGGGGCGCUCAUUCAUCUCCCGCCUCCUGGACGCAGCGUCGGCUGUAAACAACCUCCACGAUCGUGUUUUCCUAGACGAAGGCUGCCGCUCGGACCUACGUUUUUGGUCUCUCCUGCUUGCCCAUUGGAAUGGCAUCACUUUCUUCCACGACGACCUCGUGUUUUCCUCCGACUCAAUGAGGUUUUUCACGGAUGCUGCCCCAUCUGUUGGUUUUGGGGGUUUCUUUCAGGGAGAGUUGUUUGCAGGUUCAUGGCCUCCCUCAUUCCUCAAUCACGCCUCAUCCUCUGCACUGCAUGAGAUCUUCCCGAUCGCUGUCGCCUGCCACGUGUGGGGCCACCUCUGGUUCCGGAAACGCAUCUCGGUGCUGUGCGACAACCAAUCAGUGGUCGGGAUUAUUAAUAAAGGGCGUUCCCCGUGCCGCGACAUCAUGCCGUUUAUGAGAAGCAUCACGUGGUCCUCUAUCACCCACAACUUCCUCAUCUCAGCUCGUCAUGUCCCUGGUCACCUCAAUGCAGUUGCUGACUCCCUCUCUCGCUUUCGUUUCCAGACAUUCCGGAACCUCUGCCCAGAAGCCAGCUCGCAACCCGUCGGGAUCCCUCCCCUUCAUCUCCUCUCUCUCUUUUAA